AUGAACCAAAAUAGGAAAAAAGCUGGUGGGCAUGGUUCUCCAAGAGGACAUACGGAUAAGCUGGAAGAAGAGAUGGACAUACGGAAGAUAAUGAAAGAUGUUGAAAAUUUUAGUUACUCGCAUAUGACAUGGAAAGAACGCAAGAAGAUUGAAAAUAGGAAUAUUGUUUCACUUGGUGGGAAGGCCCCCAAGAAUCAGAGAUUACCUUUAAGUGUGGCACGGCCAAUGAUGAAGAAACAGAAGGAGAGGGAGCAGAAAAUGCUCCAAGAGCGUUUGAUUCUUGGACAAUUGGGAGGAAAGCUCGGUGGUAGCAGUAAAAGAUCAGCUGGGAAGCACAAACCAGAAAACAAGGGUCUGAAGUCAAGUGAAGGUCAUUUUAGAAAUGGCAUACUCAAUGUGAAGCAUUUGUUAAAUUCGGCACCACCAAGAGACCAUCAAACUGGAACCAAUAUGUCCAAUACAUGGAAAGGGAAAGGUGGUAAGAAGAAACAUGGUAAAAAGGGUGCCGGUAAGAAGCACCGUUGA